CCGGCCCCGCCCCUCUCCCAACUUCCUUCCCGCGCGCGCGGUGGUGGCGGCUGUGUGCAGAGGACGGUGCAAGCGUGGUCUGCACCUCGGAGGAGCGGACGUGGCCUAUGACUUCCACACCCAACAUGAGUGACGCUAACUGCAAAAAAAGGAACGACUAUCUGGAGUGGCCAGAGUAUUUCAUGGCGGUGGCCUUCUUGUCGGCACAGAGAAGCAAAGACCCAAGUUCCCAGGUGGGAGCCUGCAUUGUGAAUACAGAAAACAAGAUCGUCGGCAUAGGGUACAAUGGCAUGCCGAAUGGGUGCAGCGAUGACCUGUUGCCUUGGAGGAGAACGGCAGAAAAUAAGCUGGAUACUAAAUAUCCUUAUGUGUGCCACGCUGAGCUGAACGCCAUCAUGAACAAGAACUCGGCUGACGUGAAGGGCUGCAGCAUGUAUGUUGCCUUGUUCCCGUGCAACGAAUGUGCUAAGCUCAUCAUCCAGGCAGGUAUAAAAGAGGUUAUUUUCAUGUCGGAUAAAUACCAUGACAGCGAGGAGACGACGGCCGCCAGGCUCCUGUUUAAAUUGGCUGGGGUUACGUUCAGAAAAUUCACACCGAAGUACAGCAAGAUUGUCAUUGACUUUGAUUCCAUUAAUAGCCAACCGAGUCAGAAGCCUCAAUGAGUUGCGCCUCGUUAGAGCCCCGGAGGAAGACACACAUACACAAGGGGCUUCCCGAGCCUGUCAUCUUGAAGCCCCACAUAACUUUUUAAUAGCACGGCACACAUAGGCUUCUAAAGACUAUAAAACGUUGAAUCUUCUCUACUGUCACGUGGAUCUGUACCUGCACCAGCUGUUGAUUAAGUUUGAUUUGGAAGCUAAGGGACGGCCCACAGGAGCCUGGAGUGAAGGUCUCUCGACUUCCACAGAGCCUGCCUGCCUGCCAGCGACAAGGGUGACUGUACCACAGAGUGCCAUCUUGCCAUCCGCCAAAUCUCAACAGCCGCUCCUUGCUGCUACAUGGGCUAAAAGGACAUACAAAUAAUUGCUUCUCGUUCUUAGCAGGGAUGAGCAGGCACACAGAUGUGAACAUCUGGCCCAAAUGAAGCAUACCCUGCCGUGACAUUGGAAGAAAACAAGUAGGCCCAAACGAAGCUAGCGUGAACACACCUGCAGAGCUGAGGAGACGUCUCACCCGGUCACAUGAGGUUGAGGAGGGCCCUUGUCCUGGUCGUUGAUCCCCUCAGUUCAGUUCACACUUUCCUCUGGUGGGUAGGGGACCCCUGCCGUUCCGGCUUCUUAGCCUUGGUUUGUUGGCCACAUAGCACUGUUAAAUUUAUCCGAGGAUUAAGUAGUUCCUAGAGGAGACAGCUUCUCACUCCCCCUAGACCAGGCGCUGUGCGGUGACAGCUGGAGCCGCAUGGAUGGGUGAUGUGGGAUGUCCCCCGUGCUGUGUCUCCUGCUGGUUGGACACAUGUCACUGCUGUUCCACGUGCCAGCGUGGUUCGUUUCCAAGGGCACCCUACAACCAGAGAGUACAUUCAUUCCUGUCCUGUAAGAGGAUUGUGGGAAACUCCGUGUGCUUGGAAGUGGUCCAUGCCAGAUCCUCAUUUGUGCCUUCAGCCUCGCAGGCAGCAUCUGCCUGGUGCCCCGCUGUGGACCAGGGGUGUGGGUGGGGGGUAGGGGAUGGGAGGGAUGGGGGUGAGGGGGUGCCCCACCGUGUAUUCUGUUUUUAAUUUCAUUUAACUUCUAGCAAACAACGCUCAGCGUCUUUGAUAAUAGAAAAUAGUUUCAUUUUCAUGGUUUUUAUUUCGUCUCAAGAUUUUUUUUUUUACAUACUCUGUAUUCUGGAACAUUUUUUUGUAA